GGACUCCAAUGUUACAGGAAACAGUCAUGAUGGUAUGAAGUUUACCAGCAAGGUGUCAGAAUCAUCCAAACUGGUUACAAUAAAGAAGGAGAUCAAAAGAGAGGACUUUGAAGUCUCCUUGCACAGAAUACAAGAGAAUGAUGACACAAAAUCAUCUUUCUUUAAGGAAGAAAAUUGUUCAUCCGUGGAUAUUGAAGAGGAAAUUGACCAUAACCUGAUCGAGAAUGGCAACAAUGGCAUGUCCCCUACAAGUGUCCCUGUGGUCAACAUGCAUGCUGGGAGGACACUUCAGUGCAACACAUGUGGAAAGGUGUUUAAACAUGCAGGACAUUUAAGGCGACACCAGAAUGUUCAUACUGGUGAAAAGACUUACCCUUGUAAAACAUGUGGAAAAUCUUUUACAAAAAAAGAUAAUCUUCGGGCACACCUGAAGAUUCAUACUGGAGAAAAGCCUUUCCCAUGUACAACAUGUGGAAAAUCUUUUACAAAAAAAGAAAAUCUUAAAGUACACCUGAAGAUUCAUACUGGAGAAAAGCCUUUCCCAUGUACAGCAUGUGGAAAGACUUUUCUACAAAAAACUACUCUUCAGAUGCACCUGAUGAUUCAUACUGGAGAAAAGCCUUUUCCUUGUACAACAUGUGGAAAGACUUUCAGAGACGGACGCACUUUAAGGAGGCACCAGAUGAUUCAUACUGGAGAAAAGCCUUUUCCUUGUACAACAUGUGGUAAGUCCUUCAGAGAAAGAAAAGCUUUAAGGAAACACCAGAUGAUUCAUACUGGAGAAAAGCCAAAUAUAUGUAUAACAUGUGGUAAGACCUUCAGGGAAAGAAGUGAUUUAAUUAAACACCAGAUGAUUCAUACUGGAGAAAAGCCAAAUAUAUGUAUAACAUGUGGUAAGUCCUUCAGAGAAAGAAGCACUUUAAGGAAACACCAGAUGAUUCACACUGAUGAAAAAGCCUUACCGAUGUACCACAUGUGGAAAAGCUUUUAGACAGGCAAGGGACUUAAGGACACACCAGAGGACUCACAAUGGUGAAAGCAUUACCAAUGUAAGACAUGUGGAAAGGCCUUUACAAAAGCAAGUUGUUUAAGGAUUCACCAGAGGACCCACACUAGAGAAACGUCAAUGUACCACUGAAUAGAUUGGCCAGAUAUGUGUAAAGGAAAAAAUCAGUUGGCAAAGGUUUUUUGUAACAUUAUUAGAAUGCUUAACAUAAUGUAUCUAAAAUUAUGUCGCUGCUAUAACACAAAGGAAAAUGUGCAAUUUCUUGAAAGGUCUUUUUAAUUUUUUUGAUUAAGUAUCCUUGUGUGCUCUGGAAAGAGAAUUGUCCUGAAUACUUUAUUAUCUCAGUACCUUUAAGACAUCAUUUAAAAAAAAAAAACAACUAAAUAAAUUAACUGAUCUGAAUUUAAAAUAACAUGCAGAAAUUCGGACCACCACUUAGAAUCAGUGUUUUAGACAUCCUCCCAUGAAUUUAAGGAUACAUGUUACUUUUUUUAGAAGAAACAUGUUGUACUGUAUGUGACUCCAUGUAAAAUAUGAAUGUAUUGCACUCUGUAAAUAUUUACCGCUGUGGACUAUAUGUAAAUGAUUACUGUAUAUGGUGAAGUGACUGAGACAACAAGUGGAUAUAGUGAAAAUGUUUCCUUUUCUUGUGUUAGCCCAUGAAACAUGUUAGCAGCAGAUGCUAUUGUGCAUAUGCAUAUUUAUAUACCAAU